UUGAGGUGUCCCAGCCGUAACUCUUUUUGUUUUCUUCUUUUCCUAAACAUCCACGCAUGGACACACGCACACACACACACAGCCAGGAAGUGAGCAGGGUCAACCCAGUUCACUACAUCCGUUUUUUCGCACAAGCUGCUAACCGUUAUAUAAUAGAUCCAUGCUGCUGACACACUUAAAGGAAGUUGUACACCAUGGCCUCGUCUCCCGCUGCAGGACCUGUACAAGGUACAAGGCACAAGCUGAGUCGCUGAGCAGGAACUGGAGAAAUAACAACAUGGGGAGCCAAUGCUCUUCCCUCAGAAGAGACAAAACAAAGAGAGACAACAAAACAAACCAAAAGAAAGAGGAAGUUUCCGACACAGAACAUUCUCCUCUCCUCCAAAGACAGACUCUGCAGGACAAAGGGGAACAUCUUGAAGCAAGAUCGGUGAAUGAGACUCCAUGCAGCCAAGCUGGAUUCACUUCCUCAGAACAAAAUGACUUCAGUGAAAGUCUGGCAAACGAGUACACGUUUGCAGGCGUUCAUAACCCGAGCCCUUGCCUGUCUGAUUCGGAAUCAUACGCUGCAGAGCAAAAAGAAGCUGACUGGGUGGACAACAACAGGGCUGAUCUCAUUCAGAACAUUACUGAAGUGAUGCGGAUAGCAGAUCUGAUGCUUCAGAGGGGAGUUAUCCAUAAAGAGAUGUACAACCGAAUCAAGAGUGAAAGUGUGGCGCAGGAUGGGAUGAGGGAAAUCUUCAGCACUACCACGUGUACAAAAUCUAAAUCUGCCUUCUACAGAAUCCUCCAAGAAAUUCAUCCUGAGAUAAGUCCUAAAGAUUUCAUCAAAGAAGUCAUCAAAAGGAACAAAGAAUAUUUGAGGGAAAAGUGUUCGUGGCAGCUUGAAGGCACCGGAAAAUCUCGUGACGAUGAAAAACCACUGGACAAGAUUUACACAGAGCUUCACAUUGUUCAAGGAGAGAAUGAAGAUAUCAAUAAACAACAUGAGAUUUGGGAAAUUGAAGAUAAAUCAAGGAACCAAACAGGAGAGGAGAUUAAAAUCAACUGCAAUAAUAUCUUUAACACCACUCCAGAAAACACGGCAUCAUCUAAGCGAGACGAAAGACAAGUGAAAACCAUCAGGACUGUGAUGACCAAGGGAAUAGCUGGAAUUGGAAAAACUGUCUCUGUGAAGAAGUUCAUUCUUGACUGGGCUGACGGUCGUGCCAAUCAGGACUUGGACUUCAUUUUCAUGUUUCCAUUCAGGGAGCUGAAUCUGGUCAUAGAUGAGGAGUUCAGCCUUGAGGAACUAGUGAGGGAAUUCCAUCCACAGCUUAGUGACAAAGCACCAGCAAUAAUAUUUUCUGAAAUAAAAACGUACAAAGUCCUGUUCAUUUUUGAUGGUCUCGAUGAAAGUCAGCUGAAACUGAAAUUCAAAGACACCAAAAGACUCUCAGAGCCCUCAAAGAAAUCCUCAGUGGACACUCUGGUGACCAACCUUAUCCGAGAGCAUCUUCUUCCUUCUGCACUUGUCUGGAUAACAUCAAGACCAGGAGCAGUUCAACGUAUCCCUCGAGAGUAUGUUUACCUUUGGACAGAGGUCAGAGGUUUUAAUGAUCCACAAAAGAUUCUCUACUUCAGGAACAGAGUUGAGGACAAGGACGUUGCUGAAAGAAUCAUCAACCUCAUCACCAUGUCACGGAGCUUAUACAUCAUGUGUCACAUCCCCAUCUUCUGCUGGAUUGCCUCAAAAGUUCUUGAGUAUUUGCUUUUAAAAUCAGGCAACAUUCAAGAUGAAACCAUAAAGACACCGACAACUCUCACGGAGAUGUUCUCGCACUUCUUUCUCAUCCAGAUGACGGUUGCUACUGACAAAUACGACGAGGAAGAGAAGACUGAAGCAGAGGAGAUCUUCAAGUCAAAUGAGGAGUUCAUCUCCAGAUUAGGCAGGAUGGCAUUUGAAAAGCUGGAAAAAGGUGAAAUCAUCUUCAGUGGGGAAGAUCUGAAAAAGUACGGCAUUGACAUGGACAAAGCUGGAGUCUACUGUGGAUUCUGUACAGCGAUAUUCAAAGUGGAGAGUGUGUUCAAUACCAAGAAACUCUACUGCUUCGUGCAUUUGACAAUCCAGGAGUAUUUUUCAGCUCUCUUUGUGUACCGAAGUCUAGCAAGAAAAUCCAUCGAGUCCCCAAUCCUCAAGAACUUUGUGCAGGGAGGAACUGAGGAGGAUCUUGAGUCUGUCUUGGAUGAAGAUCCAGUUAAUAUCCCAUUACAAUCCUUGGUGGAACUUACAAUAUGUAAUUCAGCUCAGAGAACCGGAGGGGAACUGGACAUGUUCCUCAGGUUCCUAAUUGGUUUGUCCUUACAGUCAACACAAGAACUGCUUUACGGCCUGAUUCAGCAGACAGAGGAACACUCUGAAGUUGUUGAGGAGAUCGUGAAGAGUCUAACAGAAAUGGAUCUAAAUGACUGCUCACCUGAAAGAUGCCUGAACCUUGUCCACUGCCUGGUUGAGCUGAAGGACACUGCCAUACAUGAUGCUGUCCAGCGGUAUCUUGCACCAAAUCAGAGUCCAGAAACACAUCUGUCCCCUGUUCAGUGUUCAGCUUUGGCAGAUUCCAUUCUCAUGUCCACUACACCUCUGGAGGAAUUCGACCUGUUGAAGUUCAGGCCAAAACUACAAGGCAAAUUUAGGCUUCUACCAGCGAUGAGGAACAGUAGAAAAGUAAGAAUCUCAGGUGUGAAUCUAAACCCUUGGACUUGUGGAACUAUUUCUUCUGCACUCCAGAUGCCAAACUCUGUACUAACUCAACUGCACCUGGUAAACAAUAUAUUUAUUGAUGAUGGUGUUGAGAUCCUGACUAGUGCACUGAUAAACAUUCAGUGUAAACUAGAAGCUUUCAGUCUCUCGGGAGAUUCACCAUCAGAACUACUAACUAAACUGGAACCAGUUAGUUAUCCUCUCAUCUCCAAUCUGAGAGAGUUGGAGUUGAGUGAUAUGCGUACAGACUCAUUAUACUCCAUGACUGCGGUUGGGCUAAACAGCCCUAAACUGGAGAAACUCAGACUGAACCGAAAUCCUGGAAUCUCCAAAAUCUGCAAGGAGCUGGCAACUGCCUUUACAGUCAAACCAUCCAAUCUGCUAGAGGUGGAGCUGAGUUACACCAACUUUGACGAUACAGAGAUGGAGGUCCUCUCAGGGUCACUGACGAGUGCAAACUGUAAACUGAAGGCACUGAGUCUCAGUCAUAACAAACUAACCGUGAAAGGGUGUGAGAUACUGGCAUCGGCCCUGAACUCCAGACCUUCCCCUCUCAGAGAGUUGGACCUGAGCUACAACGACCUGUACGCCUCAGGACUGAUGGAGCUCUGUAAGGCCCUGAUCAACCAACAUUGUGUCUUAGAGACACUAAGGUUGUCCUUCUGUAAAGUGACAGGAGAUGAAUGUUCCUCUGUGGCGUCGGCUCUGAGGUCUGACCACUGCAAGCUCAGAGAGCUGGACCUGAGCUUCAACUACCUCACUGAUCAACACAUCAAACUGCUGACUGAAAUACAGGAGGAUUCACGCUGCAGUCUGGAGAACCUCAAUGUGGAGCAUAAUGAAGAAUGCUGGGUCGAUCUGAAGCUCCUAAGACAAUAUGCCUGUGAUCUUACGCUGGACCGGAAUACCGCUGGAAAACAGAUCAUUGCCGCCAAACAAACGGCAUCAUAUAUCAAUGUGAAGCAAAUGUAUGAUUCUAAUCCAGACAGAUUUGAUGCAACUCAAGUGCUGUGUGAAGAGGGUUUGACUGGUCGUCAUUACUGGGAGGUUGAAUGUGAUUCAGAUUCAUGUGAAGUUGGAGUCGCAUACAAAAGUAUUGCCAGAGAUGGACAAUGUUUAAAUGCAUAUUCCAUCGGGAGAAAUGAAAAGUCCUGGUGUUGGAAAACAGAUGGAAGUUUUUAUCACAACAAUUCCCCUCAAAUAUUCCUAGUAUCAAACACAAGAAACAUAGGAGUGUAUCUGGAGUGGGCAGCAGGUAUUUUAUCCUUCUUUGAAGUUUUUCCUGAAACACUGACUCAUCUAUACACUGUACACACAACUUUCACUGAACCGCUGCAUCCUUGUUUUGGACUUGAUUGUGGAUAUGUUUCUCUUAGGAAAAUACACAAGGAAUAAUGAAAAAAGGCAACAGUUGUGAGGAAAGCAGCCCCCAGUAUUGCACACUUAUACAGUGUGAUGUGACUUUAUAGAGCAGAUGUGUUUGGGGGAAAUGUAGCCCUCCUCCUGUCUAAAUCACACAGACCACAUUCCUUGUCUGGGGCUUGAGAUGCAGAAGGGGCCUCAAUAUGGGAGAAAAUAGGGAAUAUGAAUCCCUUAAUAUCACCAUGAUUGACUAUCAAUGUGUGAGUUACAGCUCUGAGGAGAAUACUGCAUCAAUAUGAAGAGGUUGCAAGUAAAAGAGAGUUCAAAUCUCAUGUAUGAUAACAUAAAAAAAUGAAUGUACAUUUUUGUAUUUCUGUGAAGAAAAAAAAAACAAAAAAAAACAACAAUAUAAAACCAACCUGGUCCUUUAACCAAUUUACUUUGAGUUACAAAUGCUGUGCUCAAAAGUGUUUGUUUUAUUACUCUGCCAUAACUGCAUCUAGUGUAUGAUAAAACUGAGGUCAGAGAAAGUUACUUAUGGCACUUUUCCACUAGUAUCGGCUCAGCCCGGCACGGCUCGGCGCGGCUUUACACGGUACCACACAUGUGUUUUCGCACUGCCAGGGGAGAAGCGGGCAGGUUUGAGAAGGGUAUGGCUGCAGACCCGGAGGCAGCAGAUCUGAGCAGCAGAUCUGAACCGCAGUUCUAGGCGUCAUAGAGCCCCCUACUGGAUUACUUUAUAACUGCAACUAAAUCAACAGUUCAGAUCGAGACUUCUCGUUUUUUUCCGGCAGCGUGCUCUUUUCUCCUUUUCUCAAGAUGGAUGACGACCGGAGUGUACACAUAACAAUCCAGAAAGGAAGGGCCUUGCCCCAACUUCACAGAUGCACAUCAUGCUGCAAUAACUACCACUGUCCAUUCUGCAGCCCUA